UUGUGACACCGCGCUGUCAAAAGCAGGAAGCUAAGAAUGUAAAGUAUAAUGCGAGCGGCAUCUCUUCUCAUUGAUCUCAUUUCCUCAUUUUUAUUUUUUAUUUCCUCAACCUCCAACCACCGGCACCUGAACGUGUAGUGUUUAUGCUCCGUAAGGCACAUGGCAUGUCAUUGGAGCAAAGGAAAUCCAGACACAAGUUAAACUAAUGCUGAUGAUUAGUCCCAGAAUGGCCUCAGGAAUGCAAGAGAAACAGUACACACCAUCCCUGCUUAGCUUUUUCAUUUAUAACCCUACGUUUGGACCUCGGGAAGGAGAGGAAGAGAAGAAGAUUUUGUUUUACCACCCCAGCGAUAUUGAGAAGAAUGAGAAGAUCCGAAAUGUGGGCCUUUGUGAAGCCAUUGUACAGUUCACCAGGACGUUCUGUCCAACAAAACCAGCGAAAUCCUUGCACACACAGAAGAACCGGCAGUUUUUCUUCGAGCCAGAGGACAACUUCUGGAUAGUCAUGGUGGUGCGAAACCCAAUGAUCGAGAAGCCAAACAAAGAUGGCAAACCUCCCACAAUUGAAUAUCAGGAAGAGGAAAUACUUGACACUGUUUAUGGUGCAGUGGUGAGGCAGUGCUACAGUAUGUACAAGCUCUUCAAUGGUACAUUUGGCAGAGCAAUGGAAGCCGGUGGAGUGGAGCUGCUCACACAGAAGCUUGAAAAGUUCUUCUACAGGUAUCUGCAGACUCUCCACUUGCAGUCCUGCGACCUUCUGGAUGUAUUUGGAGGCAUCAGCUUCUUCCCGCUGGACAAGAUGACCUACCUGAAGAUCCAGUCCUUCGUCAACAGAGUGGAGGAGAGCCUCAGUCUGAUCAAAUACACAGCCUUCCUGUAUAACGACCAGCUUAUCUGGAGCGGGCUGGAACAAGACGACAUGAGGAUCCUGUACAAGUAUCUGACCACCUCGCUGUUCCCCAGACACUCUGAGCCAGAGUUGGCCGGCAGAGACUCUCCUCUGAGGCCAGAAGUUGCAGGGAAUCUGUUGCACUAUGGGAGGUUUUUGACAGGACCGACCAACCUUAAAGAUCCAGAGGCCAAGUUCCGAUUUCCCAAAAUCUUUGUCACUGCAGAGGACGGCUAUGAGGAGCUGCAUCUGAUUGUUUACAAGGCGAUGAGCGCUGCCGCUUGUUUUAUGAUCAACGCGUCUGUGGAGCUGACGAGGGACUUCUGUGAGCAGCUGGACAGCCUGGUGGGCCCUCAGCUGACUUUGCUGGCGUCUGAUAUAUGUGAACAGUUCACCAUCAACCGCAGGAUAUCAGGGCCAGAGAAAGAGCCCCAGUUUAAGUUCAUCUACUUUAACCACAUGAACCUGGCGGAGAAGAGCACCAUCCAUAUGAGGAAGACAGCCAGUGUUUGUCUCACCUCUGUCCAUCCUGACCUCAUGAAAAUCCUGGGUGACAUCAACUGUGACUUUGCCAGGGUUGAUGAAGAUGAGGAAAUCAUCGUUAAAGCUAUGACAGACUACUGGGUAGUCGGCAAGAAGUCAGACCAGAGAGAGCUGUACGUGAUCCUGAAUCAGAAGAACGCCAAUCUGAUCGAAGUCAACGAGGAAGUCAAGAGGCUUUGUGCGACGCAGUUCAACAACAUAUUCUUCUUGGACUGAUGAAGCACACAGAUGAAGACUACACUAAGAACUGUCAGCAUUGCAGGGUAUCAUGACAGCAUCAGCGUAAUGCAAUAAUUGCAUUGUAAAAUACACAGUAAUGAUGAAAAGCUUUCUCGCCAAGUUAUUUUUUAAUUUAACCUAUAAAAAUUGUAAUUUUCUGUCAUAAAUAAAUGUAAAAAUUUAAAUUUGGACUGUACAUGUACUUUAUUUUUUUCAUUUUCUUUGUACAUACUUGUAGGAUUUUGUUAACUGUUUCAUUUGUAAUAAUUUUCUUCACAUUACAGUUUGUUGGUGCAUUUUUUUUAAUGAACACAUCAUGAACUGUCUCAAAUUAAUUUAAAAAAAACUGACAUGCCCAGAACUGUUUACUGCAGUUUCAUUUGAUGACCAUUUCAAAAGUAUUAUGGUUUGUACACAACUGCGCUAACUUUAAAUAAAUUAAGAAGUAAUUUUA